AUGGAUGUUGCUUACAUUAUUUGGAUCUGUAUGAUAAUAAGCGAAUGUAUUGCUGGAAAACAUGAAUCUCCAAAAAUCAAGGAGUUUUCUUUCUCACCUCGAGUUGCUGUUGGAGAUCAGGCGUCUGCAUUUUGUUUUGUUGGUUCUACAGAUUCUACGCCAGAAUUUACCUGGUUAAAAGAUGGUAAACCGGUUGAAUCUUAUAGAAACGUGUCCAUUAAAGUCGACAAGGAAUUUUCAGUCAUAAUAUUGAAUCCAGUAUCAGUUGCAUCCAGUGGAAAUUACACUUGCUUAGCAAAAACCAAAUGGGGUCAAGCUUCUUACAGUGCUUUCUUAACGGUUGUUGCUCCUCCUCGAUGGCUUAUUGAGCCAACCAAUUUAACAGUUGUGGUGGGUGAUCCUGUUUCGUUGACAUGUGUUGCAGAAGGCUCCCCAAAGCCAGUGAUUAACUGGCGAAGAACAGACAAAAAUUUGACUACCGGACAUAACGUGCCUUUUACUACACAAGAUGGCAUAUUGAAAUGGAACUCGAUAAAAAUUGAUGAUGAUGGUGAAUAUGAAUGUUCUGCGGAAAAUGGUGCAUCCCAACCACUUUCGAAACGCAUAAGUGUGAAAUGUCUUUUAAAUGGGGAUACGUUAGAGGCUUUACCGUUUGCAGAUCUAGUGCGAUUCCCUGAUAUACCAUCUUAUCCUUCAUCAUCCACUAUCGACGGACGUCAUUACCACGAGAAUUUUGACGCUCAGUUUCCAAACCAGAUGAAGGCACAUGGACUCCACUUGAUCCGAAACUCCGGAAUUUAA